CGGUGGGCCCGAACCGGCCUCUCGUGGGGCGGCGGGACCCCGGGGUGACUGGGCCCAGCUCCUGUGGGGAGAGCUCCGGGCUGGACGGUGGUGGUGGGGCCCGGCUCCUGGCGAGGGGAGCUCCGCGGCGCUCGGACCGCGUCGGGGCCCGGUUACCGGAGGGUUGGAGCUGGGCCUUGCCGGGGGCCUGGGCCUGACUCCUGCUGCGGGAAGCGCCCAGUAACCGGGCCUGGCGCAGGACUGCCGGUGUGACCGGGCCGGUCUUCGUCUCCCUCCUCCCAGCUCCCUCUUCUUCCCCCCCUCCCCGUUAUCGGUGCCGGGCGCCGUUACCGUUGGUGGAGGUGCGGAUGAGGUCCGCCAUGGUGCGUGUGGGCUCCAUGCCGCCGGUGCUGGUGUGCCGCCGGAGCGGCGCGGGGGAGGGUCGGGCCUGGUGCGAGAGAAGCAACCUGGCCGGGGUGCGGCACAUCCUGCUGGUGCUCUCUGGGAAGGGCGGCGUGGGGAAGAGCACCAUCUCCACCGAGCUGGCUCUGUCACUGCGGCACUCCGGGAAGAAGGUGGGGAUCCUGGACGUGGACCUGUGCGGCCCCAGCAUUCCCCGCAUGUUCAGGGUGCAAGACAACGAUGUGCACCAGUGUGACAGUGGCUGGGUCCCCGUCUUCGUGGAUCAAGACAAAAGCAUCUCACUCAUGUCCAUCGGCUUCCUGCUGGAGAAGCCGGAUGAUGCUGUGGUGUGGAGAGGACCCAAGAAAAAUGCUUUGAUCAAACAGUUUGUUGCUGAUGUGGCCUGGGGGGACCUGGACUUUCUCAUCGUGGACACGCCACCGGGCACAUCUGACGAGCACAUCUCCACGGUGGAGGCCUUGCGGCCCUACAAGCCCCUUGGAGCAAUCCUGGUCACAACGCCUCAGGCCGUGUCUGUAGGAGAUGUGAGGCGAGAGCUGACGUUCUGUAAGAAGACGGGCUUACGAGUUCUCGGCAUCGUGGAGAACAUGAGCGGCUUUGUCUGCCCACACUGUUCCGAGUGCACAAACAUCUUUUCCAAAGGGGGAGGUGAGGAGCUGGCCAAGCACGCCGGGGUCCCCUUCUUAGGCUGUGUUCCCCUGGACCCCCAACUCAGCCAGAGCUUGGAGGAAGGCCGAGACUUCAUCCAAGAGUUUCCCAAGAGCUCUGCCUUCCCUGCCUUGGCUCAUAUCGCCCAGCAGAUCUUGGAUGGUACAUCGCAGCGGAGUUCCUGAGGAGGGUACGGAGCUGGACUCUUGCUGGUAGAGCCCCUGGCCUGGCAGCACCACCAGCGGCCCGUGCCGGCGGGAAAGGGGGGGUUGCAGAAGCUGCUUAACUAUAAAACUGUCUCAAUGGGGGGCUGAUGGAGGGAGAGGGGAGCACAGCGUUUGUGCUGCUCACAGCAAUUCAAAAAGGGAAGCGCUGCUUCAUUCCCCCCUGGAUGCGAAGAGCUGCUGCGCGGAUGCUCCUGCAGGCACAGCGGCAGCCUGCUCUGUGCCUUCCCGACGUGGCAGUGCUCUGCCCAGAUGGUACAGUUGUCCUUACCCCCACGCCCGCAGCACCUUCCUCCGCGGCCAGCCCUUGUGCAGGUACUUUAGGAGUUCUAGCUUGUGUCCACGGCGUCUGGUAUGCUGCGGCGCUUCUGGCCAUCACCCAGCGCGGUGACAGCGGCAAACGCCAUCAGUUGUUCUUCCCUCACUGAACCCAAACGGCACCCAUCAUCGGGAGCGUGGCUCCGUGUGCUGCUGCCUUCUCCUGCCGCUUUCCUUCCGGGAUGGAUCCUAUGGUACUUGGUUCAG